UAACUAUCUCUAUAUUUUUGAGAUUAUCUUCUAAACUCUAAUUAUCACAUACUUGAUGCUAUCGAACUUUGAGUUUUAGAUGCAACAUCAGCUAUGCCGUCAGCAACUCGUCAAGAUCAGCUCGUGUUAGUCCCUUGGGACCCCAACUCCCCAGAGCAUGUCAACCGUAUUUAUGCACAGCGAGUUCAAUGCGGUUGGGAUAACCAUUUAGUUGAAGGAUGGAAAGAGAGGCAAGUCUCGGGCCGGAAGUCCAUUUUCUGGAUCACGCUGCGACCAGAUGACCCCGAAACUCGCGAAACACUCCAAUUACACUUAGAUGCGUACCCUGAAGACAAGGUACCAUUGCUUGACACAGCCGAAAGCCUCAGAGCCAAACCCCGAAAGCCUACACAUACAAAGUUUUAUCCUGUGGGCCAUAUCUCACUUGAUGACAGAAACGAGAAAACAGGAAACUUUGUCCUUGAUCUUCCCACAGAAGGCGUCUACUGGAUCAAGACCUUCUACGUCUCAAAAGCACUUCGAAGCAAAGGCAUCGGGCGAGCAGCCAUGGACAUCAUCGAGUCAAUGGCAAUUGAGGAGCCCCUAUGUGCCAAAACCCUCGCACUUGAUACCGCCGAGAAGGAGAUGCAGAAGAGGUUGUACCGAGAAAAGAACGGAAAGGAGCUGGGUUCAACUAACCAGGAUUGGUAUGAACGGCGAGGAUAUAGGCUGAUUCACAUGCAGCCUGGCCACUACUUGGAUGACGAAGAUCCUCCUGUCGAUGCUGUGUUUCUACGACGAGAUAUCACAUAGUUUUUAGUCAGGCUUGGUGGUUGAGAUGAUCUAUUGUGAGCGGAGACCAAGCAGCAAGAUUGAGUUGAUAAACAGGGAUAGAUGUAGGUGUCUAGACGAGGAAAGAGAUAUGAUAGAUCUUGGCUCAAACUACUACUAAUUAAGAUCGCACAUAAAUAUACAAUAAAUCAUGCCCAGUCACACU